CGUCAAACUGGAAGUUGUUGACAGUUUCAUAUGCCAGGACAAUUAUUCUUUUGGCGCUUCUGUUGAACAUUGACGUUUGUUUAGGUCUUGCAAGUACAACUAUUAAUUGUAUGAAUAGUGGACAGGAUGGACUUCCUACUCGGUUAACCUGCACAGUGAUUGGCACCGUAGUUACUGGAAUCAGAUGGCUUCGGCCAAAUGGUGAUAAUUCCCAAGUGGUGGUAACAUGUAACACAGCUAAUGUUGAAUGUAUUGCAACUGGGGGUGUACCAGGCUACAAUGUUUCAAUUGAUUCGUCUACAGGGAAACAUACUCUUACCAUAGAUUCUUUUAACUCUUCAACUGAUGCUGGAGAAUGGGCUUGCCAGGAUGGAACAGGAAGUGGCCAAUUUACAUGUAAUAAGACUUUAACAGUUCCCAAUCCAGAGAGUCAGGUUUCGGAAUCCACCAUUAUUAUAAUAGUGGCUGCUGUUCUACUGGUCAUCAUUACGGUUCCAGCAAUAUGGUUCUGUCACAAGAGGAUGAAUCGGCAACCGAAGCUUGAGGAAGAGCAAACUGAAAACAAAACUCAAGAGGCUGAAGAUGAAAAGGGCCAACAUGACAAAUGAAAAUCCUUCUUUCGAACUCAUAGAUUAAUUAAUUGUGACGUUACUUUUAAUGGAUUCCAUCAACCAUUUUACCGAUUAAUUGAGUACACGUUUUAUAAUCGAGUAUAGUUUUUCAUCACUAGUGAUUUUCUGAUUAAUGGAUCCAUCAACAGUUUGACCGAUAAAUCACGUACAUGUUUGGUAAUCGAGUACAGUCUGUCAUACUAGUAACUAUUGUUGUACUGAUUAAUGGAUCCAUCAACAGUUUGGUAAUCGAGUACAGUCUGUCAUACUAGUAACUAUUGCUGUACUGAUUAAUGGAUCCAUCAACAGUUUGGUAAUCGAGUACAGUCUGUCAUACUAGUAACUAUUGCUGUACUGAUUAAUGGAUCCAUCAACAGUUUGAUAAUCGAGUACAGUCUGUCAUACUAGUAACUAUUGUUGUACUGAUUAAUGGAUCCAUCAACAGUUUGGUAAUCGAGUACAGUCUGUCAUACUAGUAACUAUUGCUGUACUGAUUAAUGGAUCCAUCAACAGUUUGAUAAUCGAGUACAGUCUGUCAUACUAGUAACUAUUGUUGUACUGAUUAAUGGAUCCAUCAACAGUUUGGUAAUCGAGUACAGUCUGUCAUACUAGUAACUAUUGUUGUACUGAUUAAUGGAUCCAUCACCAGUUUGGUAAUCGAGUACAGUCUGUCAUACUAGUAACUAUUGUUGUACUGAUUAAUGGAUCCAUCAACAGUUUGGUAAUCGAGUACAGUCAGUCAUACUAGUAACUAUUGUUGUACUGAUUAAUGGAUCCAUCAACAGUUUGGUAAUCGAGUACAGUCUGUCAUACUAGUAACUAUUGUUGUACUGAUUAAUGGAUCCAUCACCAGUUUGGUAAUCGAGUACAGUCUGUCAUACUAGUAACUAUUGUUGUACUGAUUAAUGGAUCCAUCACCAGUUUUGUAAUCGAGUACAGUCUGUCAUACUAGUAACUAUUGUUGUACUGAUUAAUGGAUCCAUCAACAGUUUGGUAAUCGAGUACAGUCUGUCAUACUAGUAACUAUUGCUGUACUGAUUAAUGGAUCCAUCAACAGUUUGAUAAUCGAGUACAGUCUGUCAUACUAGUAACUAUUGUUGUACUGAUAAAUGGAUCCAUCACCAGUUUCAUAAUCGAGUACAGUCUGUCAUACUAGUAACUAUUGUUGUACUGACCAAUGGCGUUCACG